UAACAUGACCACUGUGAAAAUGUCAACGUGAUACAGCCUGACAGUUUACAGUGUAGACGAAAACAUAAAUAAACAUUCGGUUCAUAUUUUGCCACAAAUUUUAACCAAAACAUGUCGGAAAGAAAGGUUUUAAACAAAUACUAUCCGCCGGAUUUCGAUCCGUCGAAAAUCCCGCGAGUGAAGCUUCCAAAGAACCGACAGUACACGGUACGAUUGAUGGCACCGUUUAAUAUGCGCUGCGUUACCUGCGGCGAGUACAUUUACAAGGGGAAGAAAUUUAACGCUCGCAAGGAGGAUGUGGAAAAUGAAGACUACCUCGGUAUACGGAUAUAUCGGUUCUACAUUAAAUGUACCCGUUGCCUGCAAGAAAUUUCCUUCAAAACAGAUCCGCGCAACACGGACUACGAGAUCGAGGCGGGAGCGACACGCAACUUUAUGGCGCUGAAGCUGGCCGAAGAGCAGGCCCGCCGGGAAGAGGAAGAGGCACGCGAAGAGGAAGCUACCAAUCCGAUGAAGCUGCUCGAGAAUCGUACGCAACAGUCGAGGAAUGAAAUCGAGCUGCUGGAAUCGCUGGAGGAGCUGCGUGACUUGAACCGUCGCCAGCAGGACAUCGACUACGACAGUAUGCUGCAACAGUUCGAUCGUACCGAGAGUAUUCGGGAGCGUGAGGAACGGCAAGAGCGACAGGAUGAAGAGUUCAUUAAGUCAGUAAAGUUUCAGAACAAAUCCGGCGUGAAACGAGUAGCGACAGAAAUAAUUGUGGAAGAGGUGAAAGAAGAACUGCCAGAAAAAUCGACAUCAUCAGCUACAGAAAGCAAUAAACCGAGUUGCUCCACGGCUACCGCCACUACUUCAUCGAUCGUCAGCAGGAACGUUCCAUCGUUUGCAACCAGUAAGGUCCGUAAGCUGGACAAUAUAAGCAUUGGGGUGAAAAAGACAGCUCUCAACAAUUUGGUCGUCAAAAAGAAGGAAAUGCCUCCACCUAAAGCACCUCCACCGGUUUCGGUAGUGUCGGUGGCUUCAACACCACCGGCUCAAGCUCCACAAGCUGCAGGAAGUGGUAGUGGUGGCAUUGGAAGUUUAGGACUGCUCGGUGCCUAUUCGGACAGCGACGAAGGUUCGGAUGAGAACUGAUCCAAAGCAACGCGAAACGGUUGGAAUAAAAAG